AUGCCCACCUGUAAACCAGAAGGGACUAUAUAUAAAGAGCUAUCAUCAUCUGUCACAGUAGUCAGUCAGUCUUGUUUGGGACACGUCACUGGAGCUCACCUGUACAAGCUGUAACCAUGGCGAGCUUGAUUGUAUUCAUUUACCUGUUCAUAGUGUACCUUUUACCGUGUACAACGUGGGUCCGGCUGGUUGGUGCUUUACCCGCCGUGGUCGUGCUCCUCUUCAGCUGGUUCGGUCCACCGGAGGAGCGGCUUGCUGCCACGGGCAAAGCCGUGCUGGUCACCGGAUGCGAUACCGGUAUCGGCAACGCAUUGGCCAGGUACCUGGACAAAUUAGGCUACCGUGUCUUCGCUGGGUGCUUGUUUGCGGACGGCAAAGGAGCGCUCGAGUUAAAGAGACAAUGCUCAGAGAAACUAGUUGUGCUUCAAAUGGACGUAACAGACGAGAAACAAGUAACUGGAGCAGCAGCCCAAGUACAGAAGAUCCUACAGGCAAACAGAGAAAAUCUGUGGGGCGUGGUCAACAACGCUGCCGUGAACGGUUUAGGAGAGCUGGAAUGGAUUAGCCUGGACACCUUCAAGUCUGUUACAGAUGUCAAUCUAUGGGGCAAUAUAAGAGUGAUCCAGGCUUUCCUGCCCUUCAUCCGUAGCUGCAAAGGUCGCGUGGUGAACAUGAGCAGCAUUAGUGGGCGUAUGAGCUUCCCGUGUAACUCCGCGUACUGUUUGACCAAGUACGCCAUAGAGGCGAUGUCGGACUCACUGCGUCACGAAAUGUAUAAGUGGGAUGUGAAGGUGAUCCUGGUCGAACCAGGCAACUUUGCAGGAGCAACCGAUUUCUUUAAGAAAGAAAACAUCGAGAACAUCCUUCAAGGAGUCUGGAACAAGAUGUCCGACUCUCUGAAAGAGGAGUACGGCAAAGAGUACUUCGACUUCGUCUUGAGAUCCAUGUGCUCCUGGUCGGGUCAGGGGUCAUCCGACCUCCAGCCAGUCCUCACGGCCGUCGAGGAGGCACUCACGGUGAUCAACCCCAAGGAGAGAUACAUCGCUGCCCCUUUCGCCGUUCAGUACCUCCUCUAUGUCUUAUUCGUUCUUCCUACCUCAUGGAUUGAUUUCUUCUUCACUUUCAUGUCUGGAAAGUCCAACCUCCCACCACGGGCGAGUAAGUCACCCAUAGACCCCGCCCCUACGAGUACGCCCCCCUCGCCAAUCUCGUCACCAGCACCAUCGACCCCUGAUGAAAACGACAACGUGAUAAGUCUAAACGGCAAUGCAGCUGCCAAUGGCAACAUAGAAAAGUAGAAAUACUAUUUUGUUAGUACUUUCCCCCGGCCUCCCUCAGUUACUCUUGUGUAAAUAGUUAAAAAUCUGGCUGCGACAAUAGUAGCCUUAUUGAGGUAUGGUGGACACUAUAGGAGUGCACUGUUUGGUUUGGGAGAAAACAGACAAAUUUACCCAAACCUAAUAGUUUCAUAUGAAGGUGUUCACCAUAAUCUCAAAGUGGCUUAUGGGCAAAGUGUUUCGUAGAUUUACGCUGGACCGUUAAACAUCGGUCCUUCAUCAAAUGAGCCAACGGGUGUUCUUUCGAAACUAUGGCUUGAGUUCAAAUUGAGGCCCUUCCCAAUUGUACACGCUUUCCUUUUUUUAAAGAGAUAGCCUAUAAGUCAAAGCCCGAACCCAAAACCGCGGUUUUCGAAGGGGCCUUUUUUAAAGCCCUUUUUACACUACGGAAGAACAACACUUGUUUUUUACAUGUUCUACAUUCUUUGCGGAAUUUUCUCAAGCAUUGCGAAAUUUAGUAUGUAUUUUUAUUCGCAUUCAAAGAGAAUGCUGAUUCAUUCACACAGUAUGCUCAUGCCAUUGUUCAUACUGAUUGUGUACGGCAGUGAAUGUUUUGUAAUUUUCUUUUCGUGGGAUUAGGACAAUAUUGUCGGAAUACUUUUUAGUCAAUUAUGGAUUGACAUUUCGUAUGUAAAAUACUCCCUUUAUGGUAUUGUAAAUUCCAGAAAGCUUUUGAAGUGUAUAUUAUUUAAAUGAUGUGAUAAAGUCUACGAUUAACAAAAGAGGAAAAUCGGCAUCACCACUAUAUAGUUUUAUUGAAAUAGUUAUAUUUUGUUCUUUUCAGCUUUGAUGUGAUUCUAUUCUUCACUUUAUGCUAUUUUACAAAAAAAUUCGUAGCGUGUGAUGUGAACUAGUAAGUUUUAAUUGAAUGACAAUAAACAUAUAGCCACACAAAAACCAACAAAAACAACAACCACAAGC